AUAGCCCACGCACAAAAAGUGUACUUUGGCACUGGAGUCUGAACUCCACCUGGAAUGUGAGCCAAACUCAGAUCUAAAGGUGCAGUCAUAUGACUCCCCGGUGGCUGAACGAGAAUCAACAACUGCUCCUGAAACUAUCCCUGCCUUCUCUGCCUGGGAUCUUGACGGUUUCUCACCUGGAGGAAAACGAAACCGGUCCUCCCGAGUACGACUCGCUCCGUGGCGCACUAACGUCCCUUUGGGAAGCAAUGACACUUUCUUGCCCGCUGAGCCUCCGUGGAUGCAGCUGCCCUUUACCUGAGCGUGGCGUGAACGCUGUCGGCCACAGAUGGACAACCUGAAGGAAGGCAGGCCCUAUCGGGCAGCGGCAGAAGAGUCGUCGAGCCAACCAGAUGUCUGCUCCGAGCGAACAGUUGCAGCGGUCAGCUGUCCUGCUCUGUCCACAGCACGCUUCACCUUACCUGGGAUCAUGGACACUGAGGGCAGGAUAGACGAGUCUAGACUGAGGAUGCAUAUAUUCAAAAAUGGUGGCGUGUCUCCCUCUGAGCGUGGCCUGGCGUGGCGGUUCCUGUUUGGCAUGUACCCAUGCAGCUCCACGGCUCUAGAGCGCUCACUGCUGCAGGAGCAGUUAGUUAUACGAUAUCAGGUUAUGAAAAGAAGGUGGCAAAAGUUCCUUCCUUCAACCGUGCGCAUGCACCUCAACGGCACUGAUGCUGAGUUAGUCGCAGCUGUCAGAUAUUUUAACCAAAGGCAAGCACAGGAACAGCAGCAGACCCAGGACCUGUCUGAGGAGGCCAGGGAGAGACUGGCUUUCUUGAACCUUCAGGCACAGAUAUUAUUUGAGCGGGUCACAUUUGACGGGGAGGAGCUCCGGGAAGCUAUACGAAUCAUUGACAAGGAUGUACCAAGAACUAACAGAGAACUGACGUAUUACCAGGGUCAAGGUUCAGGUAAUCUGUUGGUGUUGAGAGACAUACUCAUCACUUAUGCUGCUUUUCAUCCAGAGGUCAGCUAUGCCCAGGGAAUGAAUGACCUGUGCAGUCGGUUCCUGGAGGUUCUUGACUGUGAGGUUGACACUUUCUGGAGUUUCUCCUGCUACAUGGAGAAAUUCUCCAAGGACUUCAGAGCUGAUGGCCUGCAUAGAAAAAUAGAGUUGGAGGCAGCCUUACUGAAGGAACUGGACCCACAGCUCCAUGCUCACUUAGUCACAGAUGGUAUGGAGAGCUUCACCUUCUGCCACAGGUGGUUGCUGCUAGGUUUCCAGAGGGAGUUUGAACACAGUGAUGCUCUCCGUCUAUUCGAGAUCCUGAGUUGUGACCACCUUGAGCUCAUCACCCAACAAGUAGAGCGAGCCAGGUAUCAGGAAAGGCUGGCACAAGAAAUCAGCACAGAGGACGAUCCAGAGUCAGACCUGCAGGCCAUCAACACUGACUUCACCUUUGAGCUCUUCAUCUGUGCAGCCAUUCUGUUAGAGAACAGAGAAUCUCUGCUGCAGUGUCAGGAUGAUGUGCAGCUCAUUCAGUUCACAAGCAGCCUCCAUGGAACACUGGACCUGAAUAGUACGCUGAAGAAAGCAGAGCACCAUUUCUACAACUACUGCAAACGCUGUGUUUGGGACAUCAUGAAUGGGCAGUGCAGACAGCACAAAAGCAAAGAAGAGGACUUUCUUUAUCAACUCCGUAAUUUGUUUGUCUUGAAGUGACAACUACUAUUUAAACUGCUAUUUAAAGCCCUGAUGCUGUGAACUUCUGGGAUGUAUGGGGUAAUCUGGGGUUUUGAUGGUAUACAGUAUCUCAAGAGUGUCUAUCUCUGUUUAUUACAAAUGUACAGUAUUUAAUAGAUGAAUGUUCUAGUUCCCCUGCACUGCUGUGAAUAUGAUAGUAGCUUUACUAUCUUAUUACCUCAACACUUAAGCUUUAAAAGAUUUGUUCUUUCAGGUUAUGCAAUAUUCAACUUGCUGGAGAAAAACAACUUGACAGGCAUGUGUUAAUACUCAUAUCUGCAGUGUGUUGCAAUCGGUGCAACACACUGCAGUAAAAAUACAUUUAAUGCCUGAUGCCAUGUGUGUACCUAACAAGAAUAGAUGUUCAGCUUUGGAGCUCUGGAGGAAUUAUUUGGGAAGAGCAAGCACAACUUACAGCACAACUCUCUUUAGUUGAGAAUGAAAGACUUACACCGUUAAAGACACCUGACAAAAUGAUACCUCAAUAAUAAUAAAUUCACUUCUCUUGUAUUUGUUUUUCUCACAUAAUACAGGUCAGCAUUCCUUACAUUAAAUGUAUGAAAUAAAUUUGAUCUGUCCCGUAAAGGACCUAAUAUCA